AUGGCGUUUUACGGUCGCGUCAAAUCUGGGAUCUCUCUAUGCAACAAAUUAGGUCUUCUUACUUCUCAGAGAUCUACUCUUCAACGCUCUCUCAUUGCACCUUCCAUUUCCCAGGCCUCCAGAAAUUAUGCUGAUGUGCCGGGGCAAAAGGAAACCAAAAUUAAGGUCCCCAUCGCAAUGUUUGGAGGUUCAGGAAACUAUGCCUCUGCUUUGUAUAUUGCAGCAGUGAAAGUUAAUGCAGUUGACAAGGUUGACUCUGAGCUUAUUCAGUUCGUUGAGGGAGUAAAGGGUAGUCCCAUAACCUCACAAUUUAUAAAGGAUAUAUCUGUGGCUAAGGAUGUUAGAGUAAAAAUCAUCCAAGAUAUUGCUAGCCAAGCUAAGUUCUCUGAUGUGACAAAGAACUUCCUUGUUCUCCUUGCUGAGAAUGGCAGACUUAAGAAUGUAGAUACCAUCGCAAAGAGGUUUGCAGAGUUGGCAAUGGCAUAUAAGGGAGAAGUGAAAGCAACCGUGACUACUGUCAUUGCUCUUCCCCCUGAGGAGGAGAAUGCAUUGAAGCAGACUGUUCAGGAAAUGCUAGGUUCCGGGGCAAAGGUUAAGCUUGAACAGAAGAUUGAUCCAAGCAUACUUGGCGGUCUAGUGCUGGAGUUCAGCCAAAAAGUCUUUGACAUGUCUAUAAAGACUAGGGCACAACAGAUGGAGAGAAUCCUCCGGGAACCGGUAAACUAUUCCAUUUAG